AUGGUCUCAUCAUCCACCUCCGCGGUUAUGAUCCUCUUCACCAGCUUCACCGCAACCACUAGCUUCGUCGUGUUCGGCUUGCUAACGUUCAAGCGUCCGAGCUUCAUCAUCCUGUCCAUUGCGUCGGUGGUGGCCCUGAGCGCGUUCCUCAUGGGCAUCAACGGUCUCUACGAUAUAAUACACCCGACCGCUGGAGGGGAGGAGGAGAAUGGUAUCUGCUCCGUGGGAGUGUGA